AUGCAGUGCUAUUACAGAUCCCAGUUUGGACUCUAUCCCCCGCCUUUCCGCGAGUUUCUCCCCCGGUUCCGCCAUCCCCGCAACACUUCCUUCCCACCUCCCCUCCCCUCCCCCGAUCUUCCUUCCGUCUCCCCUCCCACCUCACACGGCGCCAUGACGAAGAAGGAGAACUCCCCACGACUCUACGUGCGGGCUGUGGUGCUGGGCCACAAGAGAGGCAAGUCGAACGUGCACGAGCACACGUCGCUGCUGCAGAUCGAGAACGUGCAGAGCAAGGAGGAGAGCCAGUGGUACCUGGGCAAGCGCAUCGUCUACAUCUACAAGGCCAAGACGCUCAAGAACGGCUCCCUCUACCGCUCCAUGUGGGGCCGCGUCACGCGCCCGCACGGCAACACCGGGGUCGUCCGCGCCAAGUUCAAGAAGAACCUGCCCUGCACCGCCACGACUCUUCCCUGUCUCCCUUACCCAUUAUUACCCCUUUACGACCCCCCUCUCCCCCCUUGCGUUUGUUUUCUUUGUUUUACAGGGCCGCAGGGGCGCUUCAUUUCGCUUGCGAAAGGGAGCAUGGCCGUUGCCGUGAUUUCCGCUCGUUCAUGCAAGCCGAUCGCGUUGAGUCAGUCCCUCUGUCGCACCAUCAGCGCGGCUGGUGCGAUGAGCACGCAUGGCUCUGUCCACGGCGCCGACCGCGGCGCACUCAUAACCGCGGCGGGAACCCGCGAGUUUCACGGAGCGGCGGCGUCGGGAGAAGGCAAUUCCCCGGAGGCAGGUGGGGAAAGCAGCGCGCGCCCGGCGCAGAUGGGGGGGAGAGAAGCGGAAAGAAGCACCACGGAGCAACGGUCUCGGAUUGUGGUGAUGGGUGGUAACGGCUUCGUGGGCAGCGCCAUCUGUCGCAACGCCAUUGGCCGGGGGAUUGAGGUGGCGAGUGUGAAUCGAUCAGGGCAGCCCAGUCGCAGUGAAGCGUGGAUUAAGGAGGUUGAGUGGAUCAAAGGCGACGCACUGAACCCCUCUUCGUGGAAGCAGCACUUGCAAGGGGCCACGGGAGUGGUGUCGUGUGUGGGCGCUUUUGGGUCGAAUGAGUGGAUGAGGAGGAUCAACGGAGAUGCCAACGUGGGCGUGGUUAAUGCAGCAAGAGAGGAAGGGGUGGCGAGGUUUGUCUUCAUCUCUGCUCAUGAUGUGGGGCUGCCUGCUUUCGUGCUCAGGGGAUACUACGAGGGCAAGAAAGCGGCGGAGGCAGCUGUCAUGGCAAGUUACCCCAACACAGGAGUUGUCCUCCGGCCAGCCAUGAUUCACGGCACCCGCAGAGUUGGCGCCUACCAACUUCCUCUCAGCUUGAUCGGAGCUCCCUUGGAAAUUGCCUUUCAAGAACCUGUCCUUCCUCUCUCGCCUGCCCCUGAUCGGCCCAGCUCUAGUGCCUCCUGUUCCUGUCUCGGCUGUUGCCUCUGUGGCAGUCAGAGCAGCAACAGAGCACUCCAUGCGCCUGGGCAGCAUGCAUGGAAGCAGCAAUUAGCUGAUUUUCAUGCAUUUGCCGCAUCUGCUCUUGCUGCUGUUGCUGCUGCUGAUGCAGCUGUUCCUGAGCGUCUUCUAGCUGCUCCUCGCCAUGUGCCUGCAUCACCGCCUGACCUUCGCCAGCCAUCUGCUGCAGCCCAUGCGCUUCCUGCAUAA